GGUACCCCUCAAUUUUCUGUCUGGUCACACUAAAAAGUAAGAAGAAGCAUGAGCGCCCGAAAGGCAAAAUGGGUAAAAUGUGCCUUCAGCGAGAUGAACCUCACCUCAAGCCCAGCUUCCUCUGACGCCACUCCUGCCAAGAGGACUCGAAGUGCCGGCAGCUUUUCCCAACUUUCAAGAACUCAAACCGAGAAUACAUUGAUUUGCAAAACCGACGAUGUUGUGGAUCUUACGUCGUUGGAAAAGGAUGAGGAGCCUCCGCCGGCCAUUAGCGAGAACUGGAUGGAGGGCUUUGCUCCCAGUUCGAGCGAUGAGCUGGCCGUGCAUCCCAAGAAGGUCGGAGAGGUUCGCAGUUGGCUGCUGCACUGCGAAGCAGUACGUAAGAAGUUUCCCGCACAAAUGUGCCUGCUGACGGGACCUACAGGGGCGGGAAAAACUGCUACACUACACGUUUUGGCCAAGGAAAUGGGUUACCAGAUUCAGGAAUGGAUUAAUCCCGUGGACUGCGAGGUAGUCACGGUUUUGGGUGACCAGCCAAGCGGCAGCGGCUAUGUGGGUUCCCACUUGGAGGCCUUUAAGAGUUUCUUGCUGAGAGCGUCGCGUUACAAGUCCUUGCUGUUUUCUCAGGAGAAGCGUUUGCUUCUGGUCGAGGACUUUCCCAAUAUCUUCCUUGGUGAAGGAGAGGCUUCCUUCGAGGAAUUGCUGGACGAUUACUCCUCUUAUGGGAAGUCACCGUUAGUAUUCAUAGUGGCGGAUUCAAAGUCCCGAGGGCUAAACAUGAGCUUUCGUUUAUUUCCGGAGCAACUGAAGGCCAAGCAUCGCAUUGAGCACAUCUCUUUCAAUCCCAUUGCCUCAACUAUCAUGCAAAAGUCCAUGAAGUCUUUCUGCUCCGUGAUGCGAAAACCUAUUAAUAAGAACAUCUACAAGGUGCCGGCGCAAACAGUGCUGGAAUCUAUUGUGGUGGGCGCCCAGGGUGACAUCCGAAACGCGUUGAUUAACUUGCAUCUCAGCUCCCUAGUGGGAGUGCCGAGUAUGCCCACCAAACAGCUUGAUGUGAGUGUAGCCGCAACUACCAAGGGUCGGAAAGCGAAAACUCAGAGCACCUUAAAGUCAAUUGGCCGGGACGAAUCCAUCACCCUAAUGCACGCCAUGGGCCGGGUGAUGAAUCCCAAGAUUACCGAUUCGAAGCGCCUGCAACAUAGUCCAGAGGACAUAACCGAAUCCUUUCGCACCGAGCCGCGAAACUUUGUGAACUUUGUGCACGCGAACUACCUAUCCCACUUUAAGGAUAUUGAAGAUAUUGUGGACGCCAUUAACGACGUGGGCUUGGCGGAUUGCAUGCUGAACGAAUACCGAGACGAUAACCUGUCUGUGAUGGCGCUUAACCUGGCCAUUCGCGGAGUUAUGCUGGCCAACCGAGAACCGGUUAGUGGCUGGAUACCAGUGCGAGGACCAAAGAAGGUACUUGUGAAGGCCGAUGCAAGUUUGGCGGAACAGAAGCUCCUUGGUGUUAGAUAUGCGGGGAUUUCCAAGAGCCUCUAUGCGACUGAAUACAAAUCCAUGGUGAAGCUUAUUUCUGAUAAAAUGAAAGAUUCUGGCCAAAAUAGUGAGCUGUAGAUCAUUCAAUGCUUGUAUUUAAUUUAUGCUUACAUUUAAGAAUAAACUCUGAAUAGAAUGUUGAUGAAUUUGUAAUAAAAUACCAUGUGUCACAA